CAGCCAGCAUUAUAUAACGACCAUAUAAGGCAAAAGAGUUCAGUUCGUGUUAACAUCUGAAACUCGCUUGAAGCUUUCACUUUACAGCGGGAUAAAAAAAGCCGCCACAUUUUAGCAUCAUCUAACUAUUAAACUGUUCCCUCUGCCAAGAUGUUCAAAGCCAUGGAUGCACCAGUAUGUCUGAUUUGCAGCGAUUCUAACGGACAACUAUGCGUUGCGAAGGAAGCUAAAAAAAUACUGGAUGAGAUCACUCAGCCAGUUGUUGUAGUGUCUGUAGUGGGGCUCUACCGUACAGGAAAGUCUUACCUCAUGAACCGCCUAGCAGGACACCAAACAGGCUUUGCUCUGGGCAGCACCAUAGAGUCAAAAACUAAAGGCAUCUGGAUGUGGUGCGUUCCACACCCCAAUAAACCAGGACACAUUCUGGUGCUGCUUGACACUGAGGGACUUGGGGAUGUGCAUAAGGGUGAUGAGAAGCAUGACACAUGGAUCUUCUGCCUGGCUCUCUUGCUCAGCAGCACUCUGGUCUACAACAGCCUUUCAGUUAUAGACAACAAUGCACUUGAGAAGCUACACUAUGUGACAGAACUCACUGAGCACAUCAGAGUGAAAGCACAGAGAGGUGGUGACGAUGACGAGUCAGCAGAGUUCAUGAGAGUUUUCCCUUCUUUCAUCUGGUCUGUGCGAGACUUCACGCUGAAGUUGGAGAAGGACGGCAGGGCCAUCACAGCUGAUGAAUAUCUGGAAAGUGCUUUGGACCUUCAACCGGGUCUUUCCCCUAAGGUUGAGAAGUUCAACCUCCCCAGGCGCUGUUUGCGUUACUUUUUUGCAGAACGCCGGUGUUUUGUAUUUCCACGGCCAGCCAAAGAUGAUGAUCUGUCAAGAAUGGAGGAGUUAUCUGAAAAGGAUCUUGAUGCAAGGUUCCUGCAGCGUGCUGAUGACUUCUGCUCCUAUGUGUUUAACAAUGCCAAACCAAAAACCUUAACAGGGGGGCGAAUUCUCAUUGGCAGUGCCCUGGCAUGUCUGGCAGAGGUGUAUGUGGGGGCAAUUCGUAAUGGUGAGGUUCCUUGUCUGGAGAAUGCAGUGGUGACUUUGGCUCAGAUCCAGAAUGAGCGGGCGGUGGAACAGGCCUUGCAGUUCUACCAGAGUUCCGUUUAUGAGAAGGUGUGCUUUCCACUUGCCCCAUCUGAGCUAUCUGAUAUCCACAUAAAUGCAGGGAAGGCAGCGAUCAACGUCUUCAUCAGCACUUCCUUCAAUGACACUGAGCAAAAAGCACAGCUGAAGCUUAUGGAAGAGAUCCAGACUUUGUAUCAGGAGCUGUGUGGUCAGAAUCAACAGGAGUGUUUGAAUGUUUGUAAGGUGACGCUGACCGAGAUAUUUUCUCCACUAGAUGAGGAUAUUAAUGACGGCAAAUUUAUGCUCUCUGGAGGAUACAAAGCAUACCGUGAUAAACUCCAGAGCUUAACAAAUGAAUACAAAGCACGCACACACAAACAGUUGAUGAGUGAGGAAGUGUUGAGUGAGUAUCUGAAGGAGAAGGAUCAGUUUGGAAAGACUAUUCUUUUAAGUGAUCAGUGCCUCACUGAAGCAGAGAGAAACAAGGAAGUGGAGCAUUUGCAAAAGGCGCUUCUAGAGCAGAAGAAUAAAUCUUUAGAGGAGAUGAAUAAGAUUCAAGAGCAGGUGUUCAAGGACCAACAGAAGACCUAUGAGCAGAAUGUGACCCAGCUGUUGGAACGCAUGAAGCAAGAGAGCGAGAGAGCAAAGGCGGAUAAUGAACGAGUGCUGGAGGCAAAACUUAAAGAACAAAAGGCUCUGUUGGAAGAAGGGUUUAAGGACAGAGCGGAUCGGAUGAAUAGAGAGAUUGAAAGUCUGAAAGGAGAGAUGAAGACAGAGGACGAGUCAAAGCGCUCUACACUCAGUAAAGUAGUGGAUACUCUGGGCACUGCAGCAACCAUGUUCGUGCCUGGAAUCAUCCCUAAAGCGGUCGGUUUUGUUGCAUCGCUCUUCUCACGAUUAUUUUGAUCAAUGCUUCCUCUCUUCCUUAGAUUUUAGUUAUAGUUGCAUACUGUAGGGCAAGCAUUUCUUAUUUUUUGCUAUGUUAAACUUUACAGUAAAAAAAAACUAUAAUCCCAGGGUGAAGGUUGCACAUUGGAAUAUCAAUCAAAUAACAAACCCAGAAGUGGUGAAGAUUUCUGUUUCAGGCACCAUGACUAAUAAGGUAAUUUGCUGAGAUAGAGAUGUAUGAUAUGCAUAAUGCUGACUGCCUUUAAUUUCUUUUUAUUAUUAUUCUUUUAAAUUCUUUUUUCUUUUAUCAAGAUAUGUAGUCUCUUCUAACCAUAUGUUGAUGACGAUUAUAAUAUAUUGGAUUAAACCUGAUGAUAAUGAUAUAAUGUUAAUAAUGAGUAACUUACACUUUAUUAGACCACAAUCUGCAAAAUGUACUUCAGCAGUGUGAUAAUGCUAAUAUUUAGGUAGAAGUAAUGAUUGUAUACAGUCAGAAUUGUUUUUUCUUUUUCCUAAUACCUUGUUAAUUCUGUACUUCUGUGCUGUGCCAUUGAAAAUCUAAAUCCUGUGCCAUUACUAUAUAAAUACUAUAUCACUAUAUUAUAAUGAAUUUUUAGUCUUACUCAACUCGAAGGCUCCGAAAUCCAUCAUAGCCAUCUUUAUAUAGUUUAUUGAUAUUUCAUUUUAAUAAUUGAACAUUAAUUUAAUUGUACAUUAAUUGAAUACUUGAAAUGAAACCCCCAUUACUUGACCCUGCAUGAAGUAUUUACUAUGUUUGCAUAUAUUACAGCAUGUUUUAUUGUACUAUUAGUACAUUACAUAAUAUACUGUUGUAUUCUAUUAAUAAUGUUAAGAGUGGGGAAAUCAUAAACCCUCAAAAUACUCUUAUUUGUUUGUCAUGAUUGCAUGUGUUUUGAAUCUCAUACAAAAUGCACUGUAUGUGUGUGUUUAAGCAUAAUCUAUCUCAAGGAUCUUAGGAAUUGGAAACGGAGAUUAUGGUGACAAGCUGUUCAUCCACAAUUCCAUUCAUCCACUAUGUUUAUGGUCAUUUUGCUGCUGAUAUGUUUUGUUCCAAACUGUUAAUUUUGUUUUAGAACAAUACAGAAUGCAAAACUGUUAAUAAUUACAAAAUUUAAGCAGGAAAGUAAUACAUGCAUAAACAAACAAACAUAUUUAGGGAAUAAAUAAUCACACAUCUCUGA